CCAAUAUUYGUCUCUGCCGGCCAGUGAUAAUUAAUGGCAGCAACCAUAAAUGACUAUUAAACUGAUCUUCUAGACGGAUGUUGACUUGAAGAUAAUUCAAGAUCUGUAUGCUAGACGAGAGCUUUAAGGAUCAGAAUAAUCACAAGCCAUUGAUUGGUAUGCCUCAUAACCAGCUUUGUUUAUAUCCUGCUCUAAUCCUUGCUUACUUCUUGCUGCCAUCUGCUUCGUCAUUUAGUUUUACAAGGAAGCCAGAACAGCCAWUGAUUGUUGUUUUAAACAGCAAUAGCACGAAUGUUKAUUUUAGAUGGGACUUWAGCCUUGCUAAUGGGGAUGUAUUCAGCUAUUUCAACUUUAGAAGAUACGAGAAAGACAAAGGAUCAGGAUCAGAUUCUAUUGUUGUGUUGGGAUUUUAUCAAGUUGGAUAUACGAAUGUCAACACCACCCUAUACAGCUUGAGUACUAACGUUACCCAUGGCCCAUCGUCUGGAUAUGUUAGAUUUACCAUUAAAGAUAUCAUGCAACAAGACAAUAACAAAGAUGGCAGUAAAGCAAAUCCUCGAUCAAUCGAGUACGUCUAUCAACUAGAGCUAAAGAUGGGAAACUAUUUGGAUGCAAUAAACAGUGAUGUUGAAAUGAGAAUUUUAUUCCCUCCCACCAUCACUGCAUUCGUCUGUCAAGGCUGUGAUAGUGGAAGUGCCGUCGAGAACCAAACCAUCACCUUGUUGUGCAUUGCUACUGGUAAACCCAUACCAAACAUCAGAUGGAUGAAGAAUGGAGAAUAUUACAAUGGAARYAGUUCAGUAUCAAGUCCAAUGAACAAGCUUGUCUUCAAACAAGUAGCAAUAAAUGACAGAGGAAACUAUACCUGUAUUGCUGACAACGGGGUUGGUAAUCUGGACAGAGAGUCAUUGACUUUACUUGUUAAAUAUAAAUCUACGAAUACUUUGCUCUCCCCAACCAAGUUGGAUGUAUGUGAGAAUACAGACAUCACUCUCAAUUGCACUGCGGAUGCAUAUCCAUCAGUCGAGAACUACUCGCUGUACAAUGGAAAUACUUACAUUGGAUCAAACAGUAAUGGACAGUUUACUACAACAGCAAGAUCAUUGGAAUUGAAUAAGUUUUGUUGUGUCGCUUCGAAUGAAAUUGGAAGUGGUCAAUGUGCCUUUUCUGAUGUAUACGUACUAGGAGACAUAACCACAAUGUGUAAAAUCAAUAACGAGAAUACAUCAGUAGCAGCAGUAGCAGCAGUAGCAGCAGUAAAGGAAGGAGAUAAAGUAGUUCUGCAGUGUGACGUAUCUGGGAAGGAAUCAUACUACAUCUACCAGUGGAUCAAAGUAAAGGACAGUCUGUCUGUCAGGAAUGAUACACGACAAUUAUCAUUUGGUUCAAUAAACCGCAUGGAUGAAGGUUAUUACCAGGUGACCUUGCGAGAUAAACUAAACUGCUCAUCACAAACAACGUCUUUUAACAUCACUGUCAACUAUAAACCUGAGAAUACAGUUAUGAAGAUUACACCUGACAAAAAGGACUUCUGUAAAGGAGAGUCGAUAAACAUCAACUGUACGUCAGACGCUAAACCCGCCCCAGUCUACUCCUUGUAUCGUAAUAACGUGUUUAACGGUAGUAAUGGAAACGGAUUGUUUUUUGUUAACCUUGCUGAGAAUGGAAACUACACUUUCACUUGUGUAUCGAACAAUACAGUUGGUGUUGGACCAAAUAAGAGCAAAAAUGUUACAGUAAGAGGUCCUUUGAUCAAAACGUGCAAGAUUGGCAACGAGAUUAUUACACAUAAAACAGUCGUUGAGGGAUCUGAAAUAGUUCUGCGUAUGAUAAGUUCCGAAAUGGAGCGCUUGGGUUUUACUUGGAAGAACAACACAGUCAACAUGUUAGGAGAAGAGGGGCACAGUUUAUCAAUCAAACCGAUUACGCGUUACCAAGGAGGACAGUACCAAGUGGUUGCACGUGAUAGAUUCAACUGCUCUGCUGAUAUGGAGUGCAAUUUUACCUUAAAUGUGCAGUAUAAACCUGAGAACACAGUUAUCAAGAUUACACCUGACAAGAAGAACUUCUGUAAAGGAGAGUCGGUAAACAUCAGCUGCACAUCAGACGCUAAACCCGCCCCAGUCUACUCCUUGUAUCGUAAUAACGUGUUUAACGGUAGGAAUGGAAACGGUGCGUUUGUUCUUAACCUUGAUGAGAAUGGAAACUACACUUUCACUUGUGUAUCAAACAAUACAGUUGGUGUUGGACCAAAUAAGAGCAAAAAUGUUACAGUAAGAGGUCCUUUGAUCGGCGUAACGUGCAAGAUUGGCAAUGAGACCAUUACACAUAAAACACUCGUUGAGGGGUCUGAAAUAGUUCUAAGCCUCAUGAGUUCUGACGUGGAGCGCUUGGGUUUUACUUGGAAGAAAAAUACAGUCGAUGUUGUAGGAGAAGUAGGGCACAGUUUGACGAUUCAACCGAUUACGCGUUACCAAGGAGGAAUGUACCAAGUAGUUGCACGUGAUAGGUUCAACUGCUCUGCUGAUAUGGGGUGUAAUUUUACCUUGAAUGUGCAGUAUAACGAAAAACCAAACGUGCCAGAAUAUGAACCAAUAGAAAGGCGAGGAUUAUCGACGAGUAAUGCAGGCAUCCCAGAAUAUGAAGCGGUGACAACAAAAACACGACCACGUCAACCACAUCCUGGUGCACAGACGAAUAUCCCCAUGCCUCAGUAUGAAGGUGCUGAUCAACAUGGACAAACAGAGGCUGUUUCAAAUCCACCACCAGUCACCUAUCAGACCAUCCAACCUCGUACUGGUAACUACGAUUCACUGAGUCCUUUCACACGGCUGUCCCCGGAGGGUACAGUGAUGUCAUCCACAGGAAGCCCAACACGUACAGGAGAGUACCAGGCCCUUCAACACAAGGGUGUGUCUCCACAGUACCAGUCUCUGGAUGGCUUGAGCAAAUGUUAA